AUGUCAACCCAGCAAACAGCCAAGACCCAAUAUGUACAGGCUUCCAAUGGAGCCAAGUAUGCCUACCGCCGCAUUGGAGCAGCAACAGAAACUCCUUUGCUCUGCUUGGGCCAUUUCAGGUCUACAAUGGAUCAUUGGGACCCUCUGUUGAUCAAUACUAUUGCAGCGCGUCGAAAUGUGAUUCUCUACGAUUAUCCUAGCGCUGGUCGAAGCACUGGGCAGGUCGCUUCAACAAUCCGCCAGAUGGCUGCUGAUGUACACACUUUCCUCGGCCUCAUUGGACUCACUGAAGUCGAUAUUCUAGGUUUCAGCAUUGGUGGAAUGGUAACCCAGCUCGUCGGACUGAAUGCACCGUCUACCAUCAAUUAUGCUGCUCAGGGUUAUUGGGAGAGAAUCCACGAGCGAGGCGUCGAGAGCUCCGGUGAAGAGCACGUGAAAUUUCUCAGCGACGGACUGACUGAUGGAGGCGACGGAAUGAACACAAUGCGCAACGGUAUUACCGAGUUCUUUACGCCGGAGACCUCUCAAGGACUCAACGGAUCCUAUGAUAGACUCGCGGAUUUGAAGAUGCCCGUUCUAGUAGCAAACGGUCAUGAUGAUUAUAUGCUCCCCACUGUCAACAGCUGGGUGAUUCAGCAAAAAGUGCCCAACGGAACGCUCAUUGUUUACCCGCGAAGUGGCCACGGCUUCCUCUUCCAUUUCCCGACCCAAUUCGGCAGUGAUGUGCUGAACUUUUUGGAGUCUUAA